ACAACCUUUUGGCGUGGUAUAAUAACACAAUUAGUUUUUUCAAUCCCCCUUCACACAUCCGUCAUUCCGCUCCGUGUGUUAUCUUUGUUCUCGUUGUGUGAUUUUUCAUAGUAGUUGAACCUUCAAGAUAAUAGACAUGCGCCGGACAAGUGCAUCCCAUGGCACAGUUGUCUCUGAAAGGUUCGUGUCGCUGAAGAAUAGACAUGGUUGGCCGGUGUUGUAAAACGUUUCCUCUCCGUCGCACCACUUGUAAGGUAUUACAAGGCUGAAGGAUCGUUCAUUGAGGGGCGACUCUCACUAUCACCUCGCUGCAAACAUUGCAUCGAAGAAGCUCGGCAGAAACAGAAAUCAGUCGAAUAAGUGAAGACACAGGCGUCAGUACACCACCAAGGGACUCAAUAAAUCAUUAUUCGGGAUGGCUCCACCGAAUUCGGGUUCAGAAGGACAGAGCGAAAUGCGCCGACCCUCGCGAAACUCGGUGCGCCUGUGCGCAACAGAGUACGCGAAGCACAACAAACUCGACCGGAAGUUCGGCGAGUUCGUGCUCGACUUUUGUCAGCUGGCCUUCGGCGCCGAGCCUGACGCCUCCCAGCAGUUCCUCGACGUCGGAUGCGCGACGGGCGACUUCACGCGGGAGUUCUUGCUGCCCCGGUGCCUGCCUUGCCGGAGGAUCGUCGGCGUGGACUGUUCUCGGGAAAUGGUCGAGUACGCGAGAGUCAACUCGGCCCACGAGAAGCUCGACUUCCGAGUGCUCGACAUCGCUGGCGACGUCUCUGGAUUCUUGGAAGAGUUCGGCCACUUCGACAGGGUCUACUCCUUCCUUUGCCUCCACUGGGUCGAUGACAUCGUGGCAGCGUUCAAAAACAUAAGCCGACUGAUGUCGCCGACCGGCGAGUGCCUUCUUGCGUUCUGCGCAGUCCUAGAGCUUGCCGAUGCUUGGAAGGCGCUGGCAGCGAUGGACCGCUGGGCGAAGUACUCCGAGAUGUUGCUGAAGUUUGUCCCUAAAACACAAGAAAAGGAGGACGUCCGCGAGCAUCUCAAGUUUGUAUCGAGACUUCUGCAAGAGGCCGGCCUUUUCCCCACUAUCAAGGAGGUUUUGAAGUCCCCCAUAUUUCGUGGGCGGAGUGAGGAUGACAUCCAUGCACUGUAUAUGAACACUCUUCCCAUCGCCAAGUUGAUCACCGAGGAAGAGAAAUCUGAACUGAACGUCACCGUCAGGGAGCUGAUUCGUAGAGUGCAUGCUCCAGAAUCUCAGAAGAAUCGCUACAAGGUGUUCAUAAUCAAGGCAUCUAAGAUUCCUUGCUGA